AUGAUAAUUCAUUUAAAACAAACUCCAACAAUAUUAUCAACUGAAUUGGAGAAUAUAACAAGGCCUGUUGGUACAAAUAAUUUAGUUGAUAAUAUUGUACCAGCAACAUUGGAUAUUUAUGCAAUUUUAUUUUGUGAAGAAGGAUUAAGGCAUGAUGCAAUAUCUAUUGAUAGUCAAAGACAUAGUAAUGAUUUUAUGAAACCUUUUGUUAAUACUAAGAGAUAUCCAUAUACUAAAAAAAAUAUUGAUAUUAUGGUAAAACAUACAGCUCUUUUCCUUAUUGAAUUUUUUCAAAACAUUUGGUCUAAUUCAACAUCUCCACAGCAUGCACCACAAUCUGUAACAAGAUCAAUUAAAUCAACUGGUCAUACUCAAUAUAAAUAUUAG